UCAUUGUUUCUCCUCCGAACUUCAAAGAAAUUAGGGUUUCUGAAUAAGGGUUUUCUUUAUCGCAUAAUCCGCAGGAGGAAUCGCUGAGAUUAUUGGGUCCAAGUGAAAGUUAUGGCAACCCUUGAAGAUUCUUUCCUCGCAGACCUUGAUGACUUAUCUGACAAUGAAGCUGAACUGGAUGAGAGUGAGGGAGAAGAUGGAAAGGAUGAACAAGAUAUUGACAUGGACAUGGCUGACCUAGAAACCCUUCACUACGAUGAUCUCGACUCCGUUUCUAAGCUCCAGAAAUCUCAGAGAUAUCUUGACAUUAUGCAGAAAGUUGAAGAGGCACUCGGAAAGGAAUCUGAUGGAGCGGAAAAAGGAACUGUACUAGAAGAUGAUCCUGAAUACAAGCUAAUCGUGGAUUGCAACCAGCUCUCAGUUGACAUUGAGAAUGAGAUUGCCAUCGUCCACAACUUUAUCCGUGACAAGUACAGACUCAAGUUUCAAGAGCUUGAAUCGCUGGUUAACCACCCUAUUGAUUAUGCCCGCGUUGUCAAAAAGAUAGGCAAUGAGACGGAUUUAACACUUGUUGAUCUUGAAGGCCUUCUUCCAUCUGCUAUUAUCAUGGUUGUUUCAGUCACUGCCUUAACCACUAAAGGGAGCCCACUGCCAGAGGAUGUCCUGCAGAAGACUCUAGAGGCUUGUGAUCGAGCUCUAGCUCUUGAUUCCGCGAGGAAGAAGGUCCUUGACUUUGUUGAGAGUAAGAUGGGAUCUAUUGCACCGAAUCUUUCCGCCAUUGUUGGGAGUGCUGUUGCAGCUAAGCUGAUGGGUACUGCUGGAGGUUUGUCAGCACUUGCUAAAAUGCCUGCCUGUAAUGUUCAACUUCUUGGCCACAAGAGGAAGAACCUGGCUGGGUUCUCUAGUGCAACGUCACAGACCCGUCUGGGUUACCUAGAGCAGACUGAGAUUUACCAAAGCACGCCUCCUGCGCUUAAGAGUCGUGCAGGUAGGAUCUUGGCUGCAAAAUCUACUUUGGCAGCAAGAGUUGAUGCUACUAGAGGAGACCCAUCGGGGACAAAUGGGAAAGCUUUUAGGGAGGAGAUCCGUAAGAAGAUUGAGAAGUGGCAAGAACCUCCUCCUGCAAGGCAGCCUAAGCCACUUCCUGUUCCUGAUUCCGAGCCUAAAAAGAGAAGAGGUGGUCGCCGUCUAAGGAAAAUGAAAGAAAGGUAUGCAGUGACAGACAUGAGGAAGCUUGCUAACAGGAUGGCUUUUGGUACACCCGAAGAGAGCUCUCUUGGUGAUGGACUAGGUGAAGGAUAUGGAAUGCUUGGCCAGGCUGGGAGCAACAGGCUGCGUAUAUCCAGUGUUCCUAGCAAGCUGAAGAUUAACCCUAAGAUCGCCAAAAAGCUGAAAGAAAGAAACUAUGCAGGUGGGGCCACUACCUCUGGAUUGACAUCGAGUCUGGCUUUUACUCCUGUGCAGGGAAUAGAGCUGUGCAAUCCUCAGCAGGCUUUAGGGUUAGGCAGUGGGACUCAAAGCACUUACUUCUCAGAGUCAGGGACCUUCUCUAAGCUCAAGAAGAUAUAACUUGCGAGAGAGACCGUUUCCUAAGUGUUGAAAGAUGAAGACACAGGUGUUCAACUGCGUUUCUCUUUUAUGCUAUUAAGGUUUCUAUAAACGAAUCAAUUUUAUGGCACCACCAGACAUGAACAACCUUCUACGACAAUUUAAGAUAUUAUCAAUAUAAGGUUGUUCGAUCUUUGGUUGCUUUGGAGCAGAAUUUUACGAUUGUGAAAUAAUUUAUCGGUUUAGAAUAGACUGGUUUGAUAUGUUUUCUGUUUUGGUUUGGUUUUAUUGAUAUCCACAUUAUACUAGGUUUCUGC